CACGUCGUUCUCUUCCAGGAACUAGCCAAGUACGAGGACAUGGAGGACCAGGUGGUGUUAACCGAGAAAGAGCUGCUUGAGGAUGGUUUUGGCGAGCAUCCUUUCUACCACUGUCUUGUUGCGGAAGUGCCCAAGGAGCAGUGGUCUUCUGAAGAACACAACAUUGUGGGCUUUGCCAUGUACUACUUCACUUAUGAUCCAUGGAUUGGAAAACUGCUGUAUCUUGAAGAUUUCUACGUGAUGGCAGAGUACAGAGGGCUUGGCAUUGGGUCAGAAAUUCUGAAGAACUUGAGUCAGGUGGCUGUCAAGUGCCGCUGCAGCAGCAUGCACUUCCUCGUGGCCGAGUGGAACGAGCCUUCCAUCAGGUUCUACAAGAGAAGAGGCGCCUCUGAUCUGUCCACAGAGGAGGGCUGGAGGCUCUUCAAAAUCGAUAAAGAGUAUCUUGUGAAGAUGGCGACAGAAGAGUGAGAGAUGAUUCCAGCAAAGCAAUCCUUUCUAUGAAUAUACACUCUCUACAAAUAAAUUCCCUCUUGCUUUCUGUGUACAGUUUGUAGCGGAAUAAAGUAGCAUGGGUGCUAAUAAUGAAAAUGCUUUGCAACUGUGGUUAGAGUAAUUGGUACUAUGGUCUGGAACCGAGGUGUCUGAAGUUGAAAAUAUGCUUGUAUACAUCCUUAACCAGUGUGGGCUUGUUAGCUUUGAAAUGUAUAUGGAAACUUCAUUGUUGUAAGUGUCAUUCAAAUGUGUACAAUGUACACACUGGUAGGGUUUGUUUUUAAGUAUUUUCCUUUUAUAAAAAUAAAAGUGUUUUCACUUCA